AACUCCCCAUUGUUAAAUCAAAAUUUAAAGGCAGAUUUACAAAAAAAACUCAUCAUUUUAUGUUUAUUAAUGUUAUACAUAUAAUUUUAAUAAUUUUAUUGAUUACAAAGAUAAUUAAAAUACUUUGAAUAACUUUUAUUUAUUUUUUAUUUUUAUUUUUUAAUCUGAAUACAUAAAGAUUAUUAUAUAUUCAAAUAAAGUUUAAAUGAAAUAUUUGUACUAAAUCCAUGUGUAGAACUUUUUAAAUAAAUAUAAACUUAUAUUUAAAAUUUUUCUUUUUGUUAAUUUUAAAUUUAUGUUACAUUCAUUAGAUAAUCUUAAUACUAUCUAGUAAAAGUGUGUUUCAAACUAAACUUUAGAUCACGUCACGACAUUCUCGAAGUGAGAAUACGAUAAAUAUACUUGUCAAAUCGGUCUAAAAUGGCUGGAAUUAAAGGUUAUUCGGCAUAUUUUUAAUUACAUAAAUAUAUAAAAUUUUUUUAUAAAAUCAAAAAAUAUGAUAUUGCCGAUAAAAAUUUAAUAAUAAGAAGCAUAAAUUAAAAAAAAUAAUAUGUUCAAACAUAACCUACUAUUUUUAUUAUCAUUGCUGUCAAAUUUUUUCAUAUUUAUUAAUUUAUUUUAUAAUUUUUUAUAAUGUAAAUUUAUUAUUCUUUUUACUUAUUUCUCUUUAUAAACAAUUAUUUUCAGAUAUUAUAAAUAUUUAUUAUAUUCAGAUAUUUAAAUAUUAUAUUAAAAGAUGAGAAAGGUUGAAUAUUUUUUUUUAAUAUUUAUAUACAGAUUAUUAAAAAUGUAAGAAAUAUUAUCUCAUAUAAAAUGUGAAAUUGAAAAAUAUUCAUUAUGAUAAAUAGAUUAUAAUAUAUAUAAAAUGAUCUAUAUUUUUAUAUUUAUAUUUUUUCAAUUAAGUUUUUUUAUUAAUUAUUUGAUUUUUAUAUGUAUUUUAUAUUAGUUAUUUUAUAAAUAAAUCAUUUAUUAUACAAACUUUUUAUAAAGUUUUUCAUUAAAUAAAUAUAAAAAACAAGUAUAUAAAUUAUUUUUUAAUUAGUUUUUAUAAUUUUAAUUUUAUAAUAUACAAUUAUAAUUUAAAAUUAUAUUGUAUAAUAUAAAAGUUAUAUAUUUAUAUAUAAUAUAAUUUCUUCAUUUUGUUACAUGCUUUUAAUGAUCUUCAUUAAUAAACAGCAUUAGUACUUUUGGCAUUUGGUGGAUCUAUUGGUAUGACAUUUGUCAUACUUGGUUGUGCUUUACCUACAUAUAAAGUAUGGUGGCCAUUUUUUGUUGUGUUAUUCUAUAUAUUAGCACCAGUCCCAACUAUAAUUGCACGUCGUUAUACAACAAAUGAUUUUGAAAAUAAUCCUAAUCCAUGUUUGGAAUUGGCAAUAUUUAUUACUAUGGGCUUUGUGGUAUCAUCUUUUGCUCUUCCUAUUGUCUUAGCUCGGUCUCCAAUCAAUGAUCCAGUGAUACAAUGGGGUGCUUGUUAUUUGACUUUAGCAGGUAAUAUUAUUAUAUAUCUAACUCUAGUCGGAUUUUUUGUAACCUUUGAUCAAGACGAACUCGAAUAUAACACAUGUUGAAAUACUGUACUUCAUUGUACUUAUUUAUUAAUACUACAUGGUAAUAUCUUAGAUCACAUUUUAUUAUUUCUAAUUAAUUUUAUAUUCUUUUUAAGUAUAAUUUGAAUACUUUCAGGUUUUUGCAAAAUAAAAGGAAUGUAAAUCAUAUACUGCACUGACUGACAGUUAUGUGUUGAUUCUAAGUCAUCGCAAAAUUUAUAGUAUAUUAUUUACACGAUAUAUAUAUUAUCACAAGUCAUUUAUAGUAGAUAUUAAUACUAUAACAAAUAGUAUUACAAUAACUAAUACUAAAGUCAAUAAUGAUUUAUUUUGCUAUUUCUAUGCAGUAACUAAAAUUUCAAAUUGUAAAGGAUUAAAAUUUUUAUAAACUUUUUUGGAUAAAAUUAGAAGUAUAACUAUGCUAAAACAUGUAAAAUUUAAUAUACUAUUUAUUGAAUUUAAGUUCUUGAAAGCAAUAUUAAUAAAUACAAUUUUUUAUAUUA